AUGUCUCCUUGUUGCAAACAGCUAGCAGAUUUUACGAGCCUUUUCAGUUGCUGCAGAACCUAUACCAAUAUUAUGAGCGGCGGGGAACUAUCUGAAGUGCCAUACCUACCAAUAAAUCACAUCGCUCUCCCCAUAUUUACUAUCAUUUAUAUAACAACGUUACUUUCAAAACGGACAAUCGGGCGCAGCGCAGGAGAGAACCGCCGCAGUGAACAAGAUAUUCGACAAGUAUCGAGUCCCGAUGAAAUUGGGAUCAACGGGGCUAUGAAAUACUUUGGUGACCUUCAGGUUAGGUGUGAUACCAUUCAAAAACAAGCCGCUUAUGCCGAUGGACUGCGCAAGUUGUUACAGGAUGACCCAAAUUACUUCCGACGAGUAUAUCGCUAUACUUUCUUACUAUGCCGAAUGCAAGGCCAGCGCAACGUUAACAUAGAACUUGCCGUUGAGCAGUGGCAGCUUUUCUUCACCUCGGAGAAUGGUGGCGUUGCAUGGGAAACUAAGUCUGUGCCAUGGCUUAAAUGGUGGAUUGAGUUUAUUGAAACUAAGCAUAAGCGCCCGAUCAAUAAGGAUUUGUGGGAGCAAACUGAGGUUUUGAUGCGCAAGACUAUGGAGGACGAGUCCAUGGAUUGGUGGAGCUCGGAUGCCGCGUGGCCAGGGGCUAUCGACGAUUUCGUCGCCUUUGUUAAAGAGAAGCAGGGGUGA